UCGUAUCUGUUUUAGUCACAAAUUUCGUGCGACAGUAAUAUGAUAACAAUUAUGAUACAUAUUUUUUUUUUUUUCUUUAAAAUGUUGUUUGUGAUGCACCAAACACUGUAUUGACCAGUACUGCAAAACAAUCUAAAUGUCACAUCGGGUGUCUUGCUUGGUCUCGUGAGAAUAUGAAUCCACGCCCUCCAAACACGCGGGUUAUUCCUGCGGAAUGACAGUAAAUAGUGUAGCGGUAUAUGUGGGGCGGAGUCAGCGCGUCUAACUCCACAUCCAUCAGAAUAAUCUCCAGCUCAGGACCUGAACGGAUAAACCCUCAUGUUGAUGAGUGUGGAGGAGCAGGAAUGCAUGAACAUGGACACAGCGAUGCGGUGUUAUUGUAUUUAGGCCUGGAAGAGGAUCUUUGACCAUAUGGAUUUACUGCGCUUUAUGACAUGCUGAGCAAUGAAGGAUUCCGACAGCAAGUAACUUGAGCUGGACGCGCACAAUGAACUCAGCUCCUUAUGCAUAUGUGGAUAAACACGCUUCUAAUAGCAGGAUUUGAAUACCAAUAUACUGGACACGUGUCUUCCUUUGUUAGCCAGUGUUCUUCUUCAGUGCCUGUCCUGAGGAGCCUUUAUGAAUGACCCCCUUCAGUGACCUCCAUUGACUUUGCUGGAAAUGCUGAGGAGAGUAAUGGAUUUGUUCUUCUAUCUGCAUCCAUCCUCUUAUUGCCAGUGUGCCUGGAUGCAGAUGACUCCUCACAUACAGAGGAGACAGAGUGUGAUCAUUGUCAUAGUAACUGCUGGACUGAUAAAGCAACGUGCUGCAACUUGUGGCUAAAAGUCACAUUAUCACAUUAAUUGAAGAGCUACUGUUUUGAAUGAUUCCUUAUAUCCCAAUGGUGUGCUGUCAAAUCCUGCACAUCGGAAAAAAAAAAUCCAGUGCAGUAUAUUUUGCUAUUUUUGUAGGGCACUGUGAAGUUGGCCUUCUCUGUCAGGUACAGGGACUGCGGUACUAAUGUUGCCUAAAACAAAUGCAUCAACCUCAAGUUGCUUCAAUAAUUGACUCUGGUUGCUUGCUGGAGAGGGCCAGGCUCCAACCUCAUGGCAUGGGUCAAACUUUUUAAAAAGCCUGGAGGCAACAUGGCUGGUACAGGUACCUUGAGUGGAACAGGGCUGGGCAAGUCCUACCAGCCGGGCAGUAUGAUCUCUCUCGCUUUGACCAAAGGUCUUCUUAAUGAGCCAGGCCAGAACAGCUGCUUCCUUAACAGUGCUGUGCAGGUUCUUUGGCAGCUUGACAUCUUCAGGAGGAGUCUACGACACCUAUCUGGCCAUUUCUGCUUGGGCGAUGCCUGUAUUUUCUGCGCUUUAAAGAGCAUCUUCUGUCAGUUCCAGCAGAGUCGAGAGCGGGCUCUGCCGUCAGACACCCUGCGUCACGCUCUGGCCGAGACCUUUAAAGAUGAGCAGCGCUUCCAGCUGGGCCUCAUGGAUGAUGCAGCAGAGUGUUUUGAGAACAUUCUAGAAAGGAUACACCUGCACCUCGUUUCUGACUCAUCCACAGAAAUUUGUACUUCCAAAUCAUGCAUCACCCACCAGAAGUUUGCCAUGACUCUUUAUGAGCAGUUUGUUUGUCGUAGUUGUGGAGCAUCAUCAGACCCACUCCCUUUCACUGAGCUUGUGCACUAUGUGUCCUCCACAGCCCUCUGUCAACAAGUGGAGCGAAUCUUGGAGAAGACAGACAGACUGCGCUCAGACAUGUUUGGUGAACUGCUGCAGGCAGCCAACACCAUUGGAGAUCACCGCAACUGCCCUAGUAACUGUGGGCAGAGUAUCAAAAUCCGACGUGUGCUGAUGAACUGCCCAGAGAUCGUCACCAUUGGCUUUGUGUGGGACGCUGAACAGUCUGACCUCACUGAAGAUGUCAUCCGCUCUUUGGGCCCAAACCUCAAUCUUUCGGGGCUGUUUUAUAGAGUCACUGAUGAAAAUGCCAAGAAAAGAGAUCUCCACCUGGUGGGAAUGAUCUGUUACUCUAGUCGACAUUACCUAGCAUUCGCUUUUCACAGCAAGUCUUCCAAAUGGAUCUUUUUUGAUGAUGCAACCGUGAAAGAGAUUGGCUCCAAGUGGAAAGAUGUGGCAUCUAAAUGUAUCCGAGGUCACUUCCAGCCACUCCUCUUGUUCUAUGCCAACCCGGAUGGUACCGCAGUGUCUAAUGAGGACGCCCCCAGACAGACCACCAUGUGGUCCCGUUAUAACUCCCCCCUCAAUGGGAAAGGGACAGACACUCAGCUGUCAAGCUCUAAGAAACUAGACAGUGUGAGAGAUGUGAGUGCUGGUUCGCAACGAACAAAUCAGGGAUCCCAAAAAACACCAAUGCAGUCUUCAACCAAUCGUUUUAAAGUGCUUCCAGAAAGUCCCAGCAGGUUCCGAGAGUCUUCCAGAGAUUUUUCUCACCGAGGAGGACAGAGGAGAGAGAGUGAAAGAAGCUACCGAAGAUCAGACUCUCUCCAGCACAAAGCUGGGGGCGCUUGCUCUGACAGACGGAGCUUCUAAGGGCAACUUUUACACAGGAAAAAGUUUAAUACUGGCUAACCUCCAAAAUAACCACAAACCAUCUGUCCUAUUAAACAAGAUGCAGAAAGCAUAUAUCUGUUAAAAGAGGCUUAAUAUUCAUGUUAAAAUCAGUGUAACCUUAUGAAUGACUGAGUCUUACUAGCCUGUACAGUUGUUUUUGGUAACACUUUACAAUAAGAUUCCAUUUGAUAACAUUAGUUAACAUGAAUUAACAAUUCAAAAUACUUCAAAUGUUAAUUUCAACAUUAUUAAAAUCAAAAGUUGUGUCUGUUAAUAUUAUUUAGUGUACCUGAGCUAACAUGAACUAACAAUGAAUGAACUAACACUUUAUUAAGUGACAUUAAAAAAGAUAAUACUAUAGCAAAUGUAUUGCUUACUGUUAAUUAUAGUGAGUGCAAUAACUAAUGUUAUCUAAUGGGACCUUAUUUGUAAAGUGUUACCUUUUUUCAGUUAAGUUAAAGCAAAAUAAUAAUACAUUUUUUUAUCUCUCAUACUUAUACAUAUAGAUAACACUUUAGAGCUUUCAUUAACUAAACUACUAAAUAUAUUACUACAUUACAUAGUACAUAGUGAAUUAUCUAACAUCAUUCAUGUGCAUUUACAUAAUUAGAAACAGCAUGAAACUAUAAUUUAUAUCUACUGUUCCCCCAAACACCAUUUAGACAUUUAAACAUUUCAGAAUGUAUUUACUUUAGAUAACAAAAUAUCAAACAAAGUGACAUGCUUAAAAAAAUUAUGUUGAUUUUUUUUUCCAGAAGUGACUGUUCUGAGCCAUUUAUAUCUAUUUAAAAAUGAACUGGUGUCAAGAUAUGACAUAUCCUCGAUCAUCUUCUCCCCCUGAAAAUGGCCCGAGGUUUCAUUCUGAUCAGAGACAGAGAACUCUCUCUUCACGAGUCUCUCGACCUGAGCAUUCAUCAGUACAUCCUCGUGUAUCACCCCAGGAGUC